AUGUGCCACAGGGCACUGUGGGUGGCCCUGCCUGUGCUCUCCCUGCUGAGCUGCUCCGGGCAGGGGAAGCCUCUGGAGAGCCGGGGUCGGGCGUUGGCAGGGGGCGAUGUCCACCACCUGCUAGGGGGGCCUGGAGAUGAGCAUGAGGGAGGCACCUUCGACCUAAGGAUGUUCCUGGAGAACAUGAAGGUGGAUUUUCUGCGCAGCCUCAACCUGAGCGGGGUUCCUUCCCAGGACAAAACCCAAGCGGAGCCACCUCAGUACAUGAUCGACCUGUACAACAGAUACACCACCGACAAGACGUCCACCCCCGCGUCCAACAUCGUGCGCAGUUUCAGCGUGGAAGAUGCCAUGUCUAUAUCUGCCACAGAAGACUUCCCCUUCCAGAAACACAUCUUGCUUUUCAACAUCUCCAUUCCUAGGCAUGAGCAGAUCACCAGGGCAGAGCUCCGACUCUACAUCUCCUGUCAAAGUCACAAGGACUCCUCUCAUGAGCUGAAAGGAAACAUGGUCAUUUAUGAUGUUCUGGAUGGAGCAGACACAUGGGACAUUUCUGCAGGAACCAAGACCUUCCUGGUGUCCCAGGACAUUCGGGACGAGGGCUGGGAGACCUUUGAGGUCUCCAGCGCUGUGAAGCGGUGGGUCAGAGCAGACUCCACAAAGAGCAAAAAUAAACUGGAAGUGACUGUAGAGAGUCACAGAAAAGGCUGUGAUAAGCUGGAUAUCAGUGUUCCCCCAGCCUCCAAAACCCUGCCCUUCUUCGUUGUCUUCUCAAAUGACCGCAGCAAUGGGACCAAGGAGACCAGACUGGAGCUCAGGGAGAUGAUCGGCCAUGAGCAGGAGACUGUGCUAAAGAAGUUGUCCAGCAAUAGCCCAGUGGGUGCAGGUGAGAACAAGGAUGGGGUGGAGGAUGUGGAAAGCCACAUGGCUGUGGGGUCGUCCUUAGCCAGACGGAAGAGGAGUGCUGGGGCCAACAACCACUGUCAGAAGACCUCCCUCCGGGUGAACUUUGAGGACAUUGGCUGGGACAGCUGGAUCAUUGCACCCAAAGAGUACGAUGCUUACGAGUGCAAAGGUGGCUGUUUCUUCCCCCUGGCUGAUGAUGUGACCCCAACAAAACAUGCCAUUGUCCAGACCCUGGUGCAUCUCAAGUUUCCCAUGAAGGUGGGUAAGGCCUGCUGUGUGCCUACCAAACUGAGCCCCAUCUCCAUCCUCUACAAGGAUGACAUGGGUGUCCCCACUCUCAAGUACCACUAUGAAGGGAUGAGUGUGGCAGAAUGUGGGUGCAGGUAG